AUGGUAACCACUUCCCAAGUUUAUAGAUCCACCAGAUCCUCAGACAAGGCUACUAAAACAUUCGAAGAAGCCGUUAUCCAAGGUUUGGCUUCCGAUGGUGGUUUAUUUAUUCCUCCAACCAUCCCACAAGUCUCUCAUGAAACUUUAUUCAAUAAAUGGAGUAAAUUAUCUUUCCAAGAGUUAGCUUUUGAGAUCAUGAGACUUUACGUCGACCCACAAGAAAUCCCAGAUGCGGACUUAAAAGAAUUGAUCAACAGAUCUUAUUCUACUUUCCGUUCCGAUGAAGUCACACCUUUAGUUAAAAACAUUACUGGUGAUAAAGAAAAUUUACAUAUCUUGGAAUUGUUCCAUGGUCCAACUUAUGCAUUCAAGGAUGUUGCUCUACAAUUCGUCGGUAAUUUGUUCGAGUAUUUCUUGCAAAGAACUAACAAAGAUUUACCAGAAGGCCAAAAAAAGCAAAUUACUGUUGUUGGUGCUACUUCAGGUGACACUGGUUCCGCUGCUAUCUAUGGGUUAAGAGGUAAGAAGGAUGUUUCUGUCUUCAUCUUAUAUCCAACCGGUAGAAUCUCACCAAUUCAAGAAGAACAAAUGACUACUGUUCCAGAUAAAAAUGUUCAAACUUUAUCUGUUAAGGGUACUUUCGAUAACUGUCAAGACAUUGUUAAAGCUAUUUUCGGUGAUAAGGAAUUCAAUUCAAAGCAUAACGUUGGUGCUGUGAAUUCUAUCAAUUGGGCAAGAAUUUUAGCACAAAUCACAUACUAUUUCUACUCUUACUUCAAAGCUACAAAUGGUACUGAAGGUAGAGUGAAAUUUGUUGUCCCAAGUGGUAACUUUGGUGAUAUUCUUGCCGGGUUCUUCGCCAAGAAGAUGGGUCUACCAGUGGAAAAAUUAGUAAUUGCCACCAAUGAAAAUGAUAUUCUGGACAGAUUCUUAAAAUCUGGAACCUACGAAAGAUCUGAUAAGGUUGCCGUUACCUUGUCACCAGCUAUGGACAUUUUAAUUUCUUCAAAUUUCGAAAGAUUAUUAUGGUUCUUAGCCCGUGAUUAUUUAGCAUCCAAUGAUGAUUUGAAGGCUGGUAAGAUUGUUAAUGAUUGGUUCCAACAAUUGAAGACCGAAGGCAAGUUCCAAGUCGACUCGGUUGCGAUCAAAGGUGCCUUAAGCGACUUUGCAUCUGAAAGGGUCUCUGACUCUGAAACUUCUGCCACUAUCAAAAAGAUGUACCAAGAAUCUGUAAAUCCAAAGAAGUACGUGUUGGACCCACAUACUGCUGUCGGUGUCUGUGCUGCUGAAAGAUUAAUUGCCGCUGAUAAGGAUUCUUCCAUAAAUUAUAUUUCUUUGUCGACCGCUCAUCCAGCCAAAUUCGCUGAUGCCGUCAACAAGGCUUUGUCAUCCUUUGAAGGUUAUUCAUUUGAAAAAGAUGUGUUACCAGCUGAAUUGAAAAAAUUAUCAACUUUACAAAAGAAAUUGAAAUUCGUUGAAAGACCAGAUGUUGAACUAGUCAAGGCUGCCAUUGAAGAAGAAUUAGCCAAAAUGGAUUUAUAA